AAUAAAAAUAAAAAUAAAAAUCAAACAGGUCAAAGAUUGAGAGAAGGUGAGGGAGAUACAGUUGAAUAAUGGCUCAGCUCUUGAAAGUAGCCGCUAUCCCUUUCCCUCUAAAUCUAAGACGCAACGGCUGCAGGACAAGCUCACCUCGAUUUCACAGAGCUACAACACUGGCUCUUACAACCCACGACGCCCACAACACCACCAAGCGCUCCUCCUUUCAUGGUACCAAUACUCGAAAGCUUCCUAUAAUCCUCUUCGACAUCAUGGACACAGUUGUUCGUGACCCCUUUUACCACGAUGUCCCUGCCUUCUUCAGAAUGUCUUUCGAAGAAUUGAUCGAAAGCAAGCACCCGACUGCAUGGAUUGAGUUCGAAAAGGGUAUAACUGAUGAGAUGGAGCUAGCAAGAACAUUCUUUAAGGAUGGAAGGCCUAUAGAUUUGGAAGGCCUGAAAAAUUGCAUGAAGAAAGGAUACUCCUAUGUUGAAGGUGUUGAAGAAUUGCUUGAUGUGUUAAAACAUAACAACUACGAGAUGCAUGCUUUCACAAACUAUCCGAUCUGGUUAGAUGAAAUUUCUAUAUUUUGUUUUCUUAUCAAGCAUAGCACUUCAUCAUUUUACUCAGGAGGAAUUCCUUUUUCUUUUUUGGGUAGGUAUGAGAUGAUUGAGGACAAAUUAAACAUAUCAAAAUAUUUAUCUUGGACGUUUUGUUCAUGUAUAACCGGGAAGAGGAAGCCCGAUCCUGAAUUCUAUUUGGAGGUUGUGAGACAUCUGGAAGUUGAUCCGGGAAGCUGUAUCUUCGUAGAUGACAGGAUGAGAAACGUAGAGGCCGCGAAGGAAGUGGGCAUCGUCGGUCUACAUUUCAAAAAUGCAGAUUCUCUUCGUCAAGAUCUUUUAUCGAUGGGGAUUGACAUUUCAACGAAACAAACCAAUCUUCAACAAGAAUAGUUGUCUUUCUUGUCAUUCAUUUAUCAUUUAUAUCAAUUGUUUUUUCCAGUUGCUUUCUUCCUGGGAGUGAAGAUUUUCUCAGAACGAAAGCUGGAUUAACUUUCUGAUCAACUUCCAGAAAGAAAAUGGCCUUCACACGUCCAAGCUAUGUGUAUACUUUGUUCACAAAGUUCUUAAUAACAUUUUCUUUUUCUCGAAUUUUGUAACAAUUGUUAAGAUAACAAGGCCUUCCUUUACUA